UGGCCACGUGAGCGGUGGCGCACCCUCACUCCGGCACUCCUCCUUGCUAAAGAUGGCUCUUGUUGUAGAUUUGGGGAGUGGAUUGUGUAAGGCAGGCUUCAGUACGGACGAGAAGCCACGUUAUGUGUUUCCCAGUGUUGUCGGUCACUAUCCUGUGUCCAAGGAGACGAGGUAUGUUGGGAGGAGAGCGUCCGAGCGGAUGUCUAAGCCAAUUCAUUUGACUUACCGAAAGCCUCUCGAGAAUGGGCGGAUUGUAGACUGGAAUGGUGUUGAGCAAUUGAUAACGCAUUUGUAUGAGGACGUACUGGGUGGCGAACCGGAUGAGCAUGCCGUAUUUAUGACCAAUUUUAGAAACAUUGAAGACAGCGGGAGAGCUGCAAAGAAAGUAACAGAGAUUCUCUUUGAGACAUUCAAUGUUCCUGCUGUCUACAUUCCACCAUCGUCUGCCUCUCUCUGUCUGCACGCUCUAGGUAAGACGGAUGGUCUUGUUAUCGAGUUGGGAGAUGGUGUCAACUACAUCACGCCUCAUUUCGAUGGCCACCAGCUUCCUAGUCGUUCGUCGAUGGUAUCAGGAGGAGAAAUAACCGAAUUCUUGGCUCAUCUUCUGAACUUAAAAGGACACUCGUUCUACACAUCUUAUGACCUAGAGUUGGUCCGUCAGCUGAAGGAAUCGCAUGCAGGUGUUUCUCUUAACAUUGAAGAAGAUGAGGUGUUACUCUCAGACUCGGAUAAUCAGCCUGAGUAUACAUUUGCUGAUGGACGUACUGUAAAGCUUGGAGAUGAAAUUCUGAAGUGCACAGAAAUUUUGUUUGAACCGCAUGGAUUUGGCAGCUUUGGCCACGAUGUCAAGGGAAUUCAUGAACUGGCAGCAGAAUGCAUCACAGAGUUGCCAACCCAAGAAAUCCACGAUGCACUAUCGUCCAAUAUUAUUCUGUGUGGAGGUACAACAAUGCUGCCUGGUCUAAAGGAGAGGCUCGAAGCCGAUCUCCUUCCUAAAGUAGCCGCAUUUGAAGGCACAAAAAUAAUUGCACCAGCUAACCGAGAUCACCUCGCUUGGCAUGGUGCUGCCGUCUACGCCUCUCGAGAUGAUUUUCCUGAUGCUUGUGUUACUCGGGCAAAGUAUGAUGAGAUGGGGGCUACAUGCAUAGCUGAUUGCAAAUAGCCAAAU